CCUCCUCCGCCUCCACCGGCCCCGGCCCCACCGGCCCCGGCCCCACCGCCACUGACAGCUACACCCACAGCUUCUCCUGCCUCCGACAAAAGUGGAUCUCCAGGCAAAAAGACCUGUAAGACAUCCAGCCCGGGGGCAAAGAAACCUCCUCCAACCCCACAGCGAAACUCCAGCAUUAAGUCCAGCAGUUGCACAGAGCACCCUGAGCCUAAGAGACCCUCAGUAGACAGUCUAGUGAGCAAGUUUGCAUCGCCAGCAGAACCCUCAGGGUCUCCCAGCAGAGAAACCCCAACACCUCCAGCAGCGCCCCCCAAACCGGGAAAACUAAAUCUUUCUGGAGUUAACCUUCCCGGAGUUCUCCAACAAGGGUGUGUGUCGACAAAAGCAUCUGUCCUGAGUGGGCGUGGAAAGGACUCUGUAGUAGAAUUUCCUUCUCCUCCAUCGGAUUCCGACUUUCCACCCCCUCCACCUGAAAUAGAGCUUCCUCUGCCCCCCAUAGAGAUUCCAGCUGUAUUCUCGGGAAACACCUCUCCCAAAGUGGCAGUCGUUAAUCCUCAACCACAGCCAUGGUCCAAAACAUCCACGAAGAAGGCUCCUCCACCCACACGACCCAAACGGAAUGACAGCACCCGCCUCACUCAAGCAGAGAUCUCUGAGCAGCCAGCAAUGGCCACAGUUGUGCCACAAGUGCCCACCUCUCCCAAAUCCAGCCUUAGUGUCCAGCCUGGAUUCCUCGCUGACCUCAACAGGACACUGCAACGCAAGUCCAUCACCCGGCAUGGCUCGCUCUCCUCCUCCCGCGUGUCCAGAGCAGAACCCACAGCCACCAUGGAUGACAUGGCAUUGCCGCCGCCCCCCCCGGAACUGCUUUCUGACCAGCAGAAAGCCAGUUACGGAGGUAGUCAUAUAUCGGGCUAUGCAACGUUGCGGAGAGGACCCCCUCCCGCUCCCCCCAAAAGAGACCAGAACACCAAGCUCUCAAGAGACUGGUAGUAGCUACCAUAGGAUUUAUUUUCAUGGUAUCUGUAAUCAGUUCUACAAUCAGCUCACCUGAUCACCCAUGAGUUCUGGUGUUCAGAGCCUCCUAGUAUGAUGUUGUUAUUCAGGUAGUAUCCAGCUAUAUGUGUGUGCGUGUGCGUGGACACACAGAGCUAUACAUCUAUAGGUAGUGUGUGUAUGUAUAUGUAUAUAUAUGUAUACAUAUGUGUAUGUGUAUAUGUAUAUAUAUAGCUGAGAGUGAGUCUAUUUAUUCCUUUUCUCUCCUAAUCUGAAAAUGGGUUGUGUAUUUCAGGUGGAAGAGGCAUGGAAGGGGAUGUGUGUCCUGUCCCUUAUGAUUUCUGUUACUUAUCAUGUGGAUUGGACCAAAACUUCUAAUGACUGACUUAGAUGGCAUUUUCUAAGUGUCCAUGUGCAGCCUAUCUGUGCAUGUUGUGUAUUAUAUAUUAAGGAAUAGAUGUAUUAUGUGCUGUUUCUCAGUUUGGGAAGACAACAGAAUGGUGUAUCGAUGGGGCUUUUGUGUUUAUUCCCCGGUUAGCUGAAGUUCGAACUGCUUGGCUGACGCUUCAUUACUUACACACGAAGGGGCACUUUAAAUCAGGAAACUGUCAGCAUCACGGGUGGGUCACUAGCACAGUAUGGGGAAGUUUCCACGGGUGUGUGUCCGUCCGUGGUUGUGCAAAGGAAGUAAACACAUGAUGUAACUGAACCAUUCUAGUUGCAGUGGUGCCACCACGAUCCCACCUGUAUCUGAUGUGUUCUGUCACAGGUAAGCUCUCUGGACAAUUUAGUACUGUAAUCCCAGAUAGUUCUUUUUGUACUGUUGGAAGUUUAUUCGUGAGCUUUGCGAAGCCUCAUCAAGCUUGGCUUCGUGAUUCCUGUUUUGAUUUGUCGUAAGAGAAUAUCUGACACAGUACCCCUGGAAUGCUCCAUCCCAGUAUGUCUUUGGGUCACCAGUUAUCUUAUAGUGUGUGCUUUAGGUAGGUGUUGAUAGUAGAGAUCUGCGGACAAUUGCUAUAUCUAAUAUACACACCCUGUGUCCAAUACAGUGCAUCAGUACAAAAGACAGAAUUACCUUCUGAAAUGCGUCCUGUGUGUGGCUCUAGGAUGGGUGAUUAGGAAAGAACAGAACUGCCCCCUGUGCAGGUAUCAUUAGGUGUGUAUGGACUGUAGUGUACAACAAAGAAUUCGUUAAGUAUGGGACUAUCCCAGAGGGAGGGGAAAAGUGAGGUUUUUGACCAUUUCAUCCUCCGCUACUGGCACACACUAGGGUUCUUGCUUGCCGAAGCCUGGUCGUGGAGAUUGUCCAGGUUCCCAGGUGUCCUGAGGGAGUAGUGUAGUCCGAGUCCAGUGAGUGAACUUACAUAUUAUGCAUGUGCAGUUUGGUAUAAAAUGGAAUCAUUGCUCUAAUGACACUGCAAUUCUGUGUGCUUCACACUGCGCUUAAUCCUUUUUUUUUUUAUCCUGUGAAUUUUCCUUGGUAUAUGAGAGAAAUACGUAGUCUCAUCAGUUUAUGAUAAAGUGACCAUUACAAAUAAAAUGCAAUCUCAGAGCUGCUCGUAAACAAUAAAAACUAGCCAUCCCAGCAGUGGUAAAUGAGCACAUCUUGUAAUGAAAGUCUCUACCUGUCGUGAAUAAGGAUUACCAGUGCAAACUGCAGAAAUCUUUGACAUUGUCCCGUAAGGAAAAAGUGAUGUCAUUGCAGUGGGGCAGAGAUCGUAAAUAAUGUAAGAAUAAGCAAACGUACUAUAUACACAAGAUACUCUAUAAACCCACCUCCAAGAAAGGAUUGCAUCAUAGAGAGUCCGAAGUGGCACCUCUCCAUUGCCUAGAUCUCUAGGAUAUUGUUCAGCAAUUCAUGUGCUUAGAGAGCAAUAACACUGUGUACCAGUGUGCAUUUUUUAAAGCCCUGCUUCUUUAAAAGAUACUUUUUGGAUCUUUUCAUUUGUUCUCAAAGUUUUGUGUGCUUGAUAUUCUUAGGCUUAUGAAGUGACCUUUAAGACGGUCUGCAUUGUUAAUCUAAGCUUGCGCAGCGAUUUCGGUAAUGGUUGAGUACAGAUGGCAAAGCUCUGCUGUAGUUUAGGAGUGAAGUAAUUUCCCACAGUUUUGCCUGCGGCUUUAGGUUCUAAGGAUCACCCUUCUUUGUCAGGUAGGGUGAUUGAUACGAAUCCAAUGAUAGAAAUAUUCAUCACUAGGGUUUUUGUGGUGGUGAUGGUCUUUAUUUUAUGUGAAGGUGGACUUCAACUUUCCUGGCGGGGGGAAACAAGGAUAUUCCCUCAGUCUUCUUUCACCCAUGAUUUGAGCCUUAAGAUACAGCGUUGCUUUAGUCAGAGUGGGGUUCCCUAGGACUUCUUGGCUUGUCAGUCCUGACAGCCAUCCAAACCGAUGCUUCCAGCGUACCACUUUCCUGGAAGAGCAGACAUCCUUUAGAACGCUUAUGGCACCAAGAAGACAGCAGGGCCAGAGAAGGAACUAUGUCAUUUCUACCCCACUCCAAUGGGUUGUCUACAACAGGUUGUUUUCCUUUAGGUUUCUCCAAGGACAGAAAAGGCUGUUAAUCAACUUUGUCCCCCUUUAUGUGAAACACUGAAUCAAAAAAACACAAAAUAAUACAUAAGAUUAUACUUCUAGCUUUUUACUCCUUAGUGGGGUGUCCUUAAAUUUGGAUUUUUGUUGGGAUGUAGUUCUGUGGGGUUCUUUUGAGACUACUCUGUUAUUUUUGUAACUUUUCUCUGGUGCAUUAUUGGAGAACACCUACUGCCAGAGGACACUAGGACUGUGCCUUCUUCCACUGCCUUCUGCUCAGCAGCUCCUCCAACCCCACGUAUCUGCUUUUGGUCAGAGAAGAAAAUCUGGACAGCUAACUUGGCUGUGCUGAAAAGUGAGUCAUGUGCUGUUGAGGGCAGUGCAAACAGGUGCCUGCUUCAGCUAGUGACUUGGUUAAUUAGUGACACCCCUAACUUCUACCAUAGAGAAUUUCAGAAUUGGAUCACCCUAUGCUUCAAGUUUUGGUACUAACUCUGAAGGGCAACAGAGCCUAUCCUGUUAAUAAAACAAAUGACACAGGUUCUAGGUAAGAAUAUAAAUGCUAGACUAUUCUGUAUUGAAAUUUUAUUCAGCUGGGCUUUUACUAAAAUACAUUUUCUUUAGCUGCUAUAAUUUUCCCUUAGGAAAGGUAUUCUUACAGCUUUUAUAGGUACCCACUUAACUGUCAAUUGGAUUUUUUUAAUUUCUGGGACUUUUUAAGAUGAGAAAGUUUGGUGACUUAAAAAUUACAGGAAACAGUUUUCAUCAGACUAUGUCCAAGUAACGCGGACGUGAUGGUGUUUUACAGCCCUCUAACAGCAAGGUGCUCCUUCCCACCGACGGCAUACUCUCUGCUAAGGGCUGUGAACUAUCUUGGAAGUCCUCACUCCAUGAAAGUUUACUUGCCACUAAAAACAAUGCUGAGUUUAUCAAGAAAGUUUAAACAAAAUUGGGAGACCAUGAGUAACUCCAAUACAGUGACAAGCCUGAGAUCAACAUUAAUAGGAGCCGUGCAUCCUGUUUGUUAGUUUCAGGAGCUGCUCUCUUGGGAGAAUGCAGCCCCCAGUAAGCUUGGGUCAAGGCUGUAAGCUUACAACAUAGCCUGGGGGAAAAAGUGUCAGGUAGUGGUAUGGACUGGUUUUAUUUGACUAUCAAGCCACCAACAGAACCCUUUGUCACCUUUUUUCCUCAGCUAAAAGCAAUUUGUUACGAACAUGAGGUGAAUUUAAACAAAAAAACUUUUCCCCUGGUUUUAUGUUAAUUUUUUCAUAUACCUUCAGAACUAACAAAUUACAACUGAUACAAUGUCUCCAAUUUUAUUCAAGUUUAGACCAGUUAAACCUGGAUGGCCCUGUAUGAUUAUAGGUGUAAUGACUUGUUUUAAGUACAGUAGGUAUAAUAAUUUGGAUUUAUACACUUGAUGAGAGGAUGUCUACUUCUAAAACUUCCUUUUAGGUUGCCAGUACCUUUUGGCACUUUUGACUUUUGCUUUAUACACUUUACAUCAUUUAUAUAAAGUGGGUUAUCCCUAACCCUAUAGAAAUAUGUGCUCACUCACCAAGUUGAGAUUUGAUGCACAGAGAGAUCCAAGUACAAUUAAAUAUCCCACUGUCUUUUAAGAUUUUCCUUUAAAAAUUCAAUAGAACAAUUCUACACUUUUACCAGUGUAUCCCUCCAACUAAACACUGCUCUCUUCUUACUGUGCCCUCAGAAGGUCUAUAUGUAAAGGGAACCAGAAAUUUAGCUGUAGAAUAAAGUUGCUAAGUAAAAAACAAUAUACUUGAUAAACACAUAAGGGAAAAAAAUCUCCAGUUUGUUUGCCCUUUGUUGAAGAGAAGACACUAUCUGCUACAAUCCCCAGUGCCUUGAACUCUUUUGGAGGAAUAGCAUUUAAAAAAAAAAAAAUCCAACAAGCAAACUUUGAGGUGCUAAUGAAAGAGAAGGAAGAUGAGUAUUUGUAGUUUGCGCAGAAACAAACAGAGAAAGUGUCUGUCUCACAAGAGAUGGCUUCAUCUACCUGAAUGGGGUCUGGCUGCUUUGUACCAAAGACAUUUAGAGAAGUGAGUCGAGUCAGGGUGAUGGCAAAUACUACAUAUUAACAGAUGGCUAAGCUCAGAAGUGACCAUGUUGAUGAUGGGUGGCUAUUAAUACCAAGCUCUUAACUGUUGAAGCCUCAACCUCUUCUUAGGCAGAACGUGCUUGCAGCACUUACAGAAAGUCUUUGCAUUUUGGCAACUGUCCAUUGUUUGUCAGAUUUAUUGUAACCUAAUACCAAAAACUGCCAUUUUUCAUGAUUCCUACUUCCUAUAUAUUUUUUUUCUACUUGUAAAUAAUCCCUCCUAGAAAAUAAGCAUUAACUGGAAUGUUUCAAAUGAUUUUGCUUAAUUUUAUCAUUAGCCACUAGUGAACUCCUUUUAUAGAAAUGUACAUUUACAAUAUCAUCAGCUUGUGCUAAAUGUUGUAAAAACAUUGUUUACUGUUUUAAAGGAAAGUUGCACAUAUUUAACUGGGAUUGCUCCUUUUCCCAUUUCUUGACAAAAUGGAGUCAAGGCUUACACUGAUACCUAGGCUGUGGGAGCUUUGCCAUAAAUAGAUAGAUACAAUGUAGGAAUAUAGUUUUUUAAAGCAUGAAAAAGGCGGCAAAAGGAACUGCAUUAUAAAGUACCCGGUAGAGAACAUUAUUCAAGAUUAUGAUUAUGCACAGCUCGGUAAAGGUGAAGUUACAAUUUUUCUUUCAGCUUUGUUGCUAUUUUCUUCUGCUUAAAUGUACGCUCUCAUUUCAUUAUGUGCCUUGCCCCCUGAUUGUGCAAACCUAUAUAUAGAUAUAUAGAUAUAUAUAUAUAUGAGAGAGAUAUAUUCAGUACUACUGAUGAUUUUUUUUUUGUUGUUCUGCUGGAUUAAGUUAUUUUCCAAAUUACUAGUUACUGUCGGUGAACUAUUGUAAUGGCUUAGGACAGUAGUCAUACAGUCAGUGUAAAUUUGUUUUCAGUUCUGUGUUUUCAUUAUGUCAGCUUACCCAAUCCUUAAUAAAAAGAAUACAUAGAUUUCAUUUAAA